AUGCGCCGCGUUAAGAAAUCUAGAAAUGGCUGUGCAAGAUGCAAGAGUAAACGGGUCAAAUGCGGCGAAGAGAAACCUCACUGCACUCGCUGCACUCGCUUGGGCGUCCGGUGUCCUGGUUAUGCACAAUCCCUGCGCUGGGUUACCAAGUAUGAGCAGUCUAGUCCCACCGUACCCGCAUCGAUCUCGGAGGUGAGAACACCAAGUCCUGCGGCUUCUGUCUCGACUGGUCCUAGCCAGCCGGCAAACCAAAUCGACGACCCUUUGCCGGAGGAUUCAACAUUUGAGACGCAUGAACCGGAUCCUCCAAGUUUCGUCUUAGAUAGCCGAACUUCUCUAUGUGACAAUCUAUGGGAACAUCCGAGCCAUGGGUCUUUACCCGAACUGACGGAUCUAUGCUCACCGUCCCCGAUGCCGGCAUCGCCGUCUUUCACACACCAAAGAGACACUUUCCGUGACUUUGAAGUGUCAGAAAAUAUCGGUGUAGACCUGUCACACUUUCUGUCGCGUAUUGGGCCAACGCAAAGUGAGGAACAGAAUGAUGUUUACCGCGACUUCUCACCUUCGACCAUUGUGCGCAGUUAUCCUCCUGCAUCGCAUCGCCCCUCAUCACAUAACUUCAUGUCCAUAUCUCGUCCACUGAAUAAUCCAUCAUGGACUUUGAUCGAGUACUAUUUCAAAGAAGUGGCAGGACUGUUCUCUAGUUACGACAGCCAGAUGAACCCCUUCCGAACCACGGUAUCCCGUCUUUGGGGAUCUUCACUGGCAAUGUGUCGAACAAUGCAAAGCAUGGCUGCUGCAACACUGGUCACCGAAUUUCCUCAGUUCGGUCCCAUGGGCCGAAGGAUGCGUGAUGAAGCUGUUGAUAUAAUCACGCGCGAAGCAGUGAUAGACGACAAGUCUUUGCUGGCGCUGCUAAUGCUCGGACAAACGGCUAGUUGGCACGACCCAAAUGACUUGGGUAUAUCAUUUUUCAACCUGCUCCGCAAGCAGCUCAAUACCAUCUCUUCACCAUCGAACGGCUCCAGCUUCAGCUUACCUAAGAACGACAGCAAUAAUUACCGGUUCUUCGAGGAAGCUCUCAUCUACUGGGAGAUGCUGCUUUCCUUCGUCGCAGACAAUGACACGAUGGUCCUAUCUAACAAUUCACGGACCGCUUCGUCUAUUGGCGAGUCCUUCGUUCUACAACGGGUCCCGCACCCAUGGACCGGCAUCGCGCGCGACAUCCAGUUCACCGUGCACGAGGUCGGGCAACUCAUCCGCCGUGAGCGAAAACGCAUCCGCUCAAGGCGAUUCACCUCCCAAGAUGAUAUCACCCGUGCCCAGUUGGCAAUCGAGAAAGCCCGCAAGCUAGAAGAACGCCUCCUAGGCCUCGCUCAUCCCUCGGAGGCCGAGAUUGUCAGUCCUGGUGACGACGAUACCCCAGUAUGGCACCUCCUGACAAUGGCCGAAGCAUAUCGAUGCGUCGGUCUCAUGCAGUUAUACCGCGUAUUCCCAGACCUACUGCACAAACGCCUGCCCACCCCAAUAUCCACAACAUCCCAAUACCCUGACAACGCCGAUGCAGCAUCCCGCGACCCAUUCUUCCCCAUUGACCUCGACAGCAUGGACCUGUCAGCUAGAUUCGGGGGUCCUAGUCCAGCAACAGGACAAAACACCAAGUCUCAACGUACCGCUGCUUCGCCGUCUCGAAGAUCUUCCUCUCACAAUCUACCAUCUCCGUCAUCACCAGAUACCCAACAAUCUCCGACCCCCGAAAUCCUAUAUAGCAACUGGCUCACCGAGUUCGCCGUGACAACCCUCUCCCGAUUAAAAACCAUACCCCUGGAAUCACGUACCCGCUGCCUCCAGCCAUUUCUCCUGGUGGCGUCCUGCUCAGAGCUCCGUCUCCCGCGUCUGGCCACAAAUGCUGGCACUCAAGCCCGGAAUGGCGAAGAUUAUCCAGAGGGCAGGGAUAAAGAUAGUCACAACCCGAAUCAGGCACCUACCAUCUCAAUGGAGGCCAUUGAAGUCUCGCGCACGCGCAAGUUCAUCCUUGGCCGUUUGACCUCCUUCUUGCACGUUCUGCCGCCAAAACCGAUUCAUAUAUGCUUGAAGUUGGUUAAUGAAGUAUGGAGGAGGUUGGAUGCUGGGGACGAUGAUACCUAUUGGGUUGAUGUUAUGAUUGAGAAAGGUUGGGAGACAACCAUGGGAUGA